AUGGGUUAUGCUGAUUCUCAAAAGAAUGGAUAUGACGAUGGUAAUGGAGGAGGAUGGUUGAAAGGUCUAAUAAGGAGGAAACAGGUGGAUUCCACGCAAUCAAAGGCGUCAUCUUCAGCUUCUGCAGCUUCUGAUCAUCAUCAUGGUCACCAUCAAUUAGCUAAGGCUUUGACGAUUCCUCACCUUAUUGCUAUUGGAGUUGGUUCAACUAUUGGUGCUGGAGUCUAUAUCCUUGUUGGCACAGUUGCUAGGGAGCAUUCCGGUCCAGCCCUUACGUUUUCCUUCUUAAUAGCUGGUAUAGCCGCCGCUCUUUCGGCAUUCUGCUAUGCAGAACUUGCUAGUCGCUGCCCAUCUGCUGGAAGUGCCUACCAUUAUUCUUACAUUUGUGUUGGUGAAGGUGUUGCGUGGCUAAUUGGCUGGGCACUGAUAUUGGAAUACACAAUUGGAGGUUCUGCAGUUGCUCGUGGCAUUUCCCCAAAUUUGGCUUUGCUGUUUGGAGGUCCAGAUACCCUUCCUGCUUUUCUUGCCAGGCAAACCAUUCCUGGGCUUGAUGUUGUUGUAGACCCAUGCUCAGCACUCUUAGUUUUUAUUGUCACUGGCCUUCUGUGUAUAGGAAUUAAAGAGAGUGCAACGGUACAAGGAAUUGUCACCUUCGCAAACCUUUGUGCCAUGAUAUUUGUCAUUAUAGUUGGUGGAUACUUGGGUUUCAAGAGUGGAUGGCCUGGCUAUGAACUUCCUGUUGGUUAUUUUCCUUACGGAGUUGAUGGAAUGCUUGCUGGAUCAUCCACGGUGUUUUUUGCAUACAUUGGGUUUGAUUCAGUUGCGAGUGCAGCAGAAGAGGUGAAAAAUCCUCAACGAGAUUUGCCAGUUGGGAUUGGUGUUGCAUUGUCUAUAUGUUGCACUCUCUAUAUGCUGGUCUCUGCGGUUAUUGUUGGAUUAGUUCCUUAUUAUGCAAUGGAUCCUGAUACUCCCAUCUCAUCUGCAUUUGCUGCUCAUGGGAUUAAGUGGGCGGCAUAUAUAAUCACUUUGGGGGCUUGUACUGCUCUCUGCUCGACAUUGUUAGGUUCUAUCUUGCCACAGCCGCGAAUAUUGAUGGCAAUGGCUCGGGAUGGAUUGCUACCUUCAUUUUUCUCAGAUGUCAACAAGAAGACACAAGUUCCAGUCAAAAGCACUAUUGUGACCGGCUUGCUUGCUGGCAUUUUAGCCUUUUUCAUGGAUGUUGAGCAGUUGUCAGGAAUGGUGAGUGUUGGCACACUUCUUGCAUUCACAAUGGUUGCAAUUUCGGUGUUGAUACUCAGAUAUGUUCCUCCAGAUGUGGUUCCACUUCCGCCAUCUUUUCAGGAUGCAAUAGAGUCAGUUGCAGUGCACUAUUCUAGUGCUAGUGGUGGUGGGGCCAUCAAUGUGGAGAAUACUAAAAUACGCAUGUCCACGAACGAAAAAUCUCCACUUUUGGUUUGCAAGCAUGCAUCUGCUGAUCACCCUAUCUUACAGGGAGCAACCUCAAAACAUUGUUAUGUUCUAACUGAAGAGAACAGAAGGAAAGUUGCUGGAUGGACUAUUAUGCUUACUUGUGUCGGAGUGCUUAUCCUUACAUGUGCUGCUUCAAAUGUGGGUCUGCUGAGUUCCCUUCGAUAUACUCUCUGUGGACUUGGUGGUGCUCUGCUUUUGUUUGGUCUGAUAGUCCUCACUUCCAUAGACCAGGAUGAAGCUAGGCAUAGCUUUGGGAUCUCGGGAGGUUUCAUCUGUCCUUUUGUGCCUCUUCUACCUAUCGCCUGCAUUUUAAUCAACGUCUACCUGUUGAUUAAUCUCGGUUCCGCAACAUGGCUGCGUGUAUCAGUAUGGUUGGCUAUCGGAAUAAUUGUAUAUUUCUCCUACGGGCGUACCCACAGUUCAUUGCGAGAUGCAGUAUAUGUCCCUGCAGCUCAUGUUGAUGAAAUUUAUCAAAGUUCGUCUGAUUUGUUGGCAUAA